GUCUCCGCGGUGCUGGUGCUCCUGGUCCUCGUCAACGUCGUGCUGAUCUUCCUGCUGGCCUUCCGCUGAGCGAACCGGAGGCCGCGCCGCGUCAGGCUCAUCAGUGAUGGCAGUGUGGUGUGCGCCGAGGCACUCUGGGACCAUGUCACCAUGGAUGACCAGGAGCUGGGCUUCAAAGCCGGGGAUGUCAUCGAAGUGAUGGAUGCCACCAACAGAGAAUGGUGGUGGGGCCGUGUGGCGGAAGGCGAGGGCUGGUUCCCUGCCAGUUUUGUACGGCUGCGGGUGAACCAGGAUGAGCCCGGGGACGAUGAGGCCCCACAGGCCGGGGAUGGUGAACAAGAGGACGGUGGGGCCGAGGCACAGAGCAGCAAGGACCAGAUGCGUACCAAUGUCAUCAGGGAGAUCCUCAGCACAGAGCGGGACUACAUCAAACACCUGCGGGAUAUCUGUGAGGGCUACAUCAGGCAGUGUCGCAAGCGCGCAGACAUGUUCAGCGAAGAGCAGCUACAGACCAUCUUCGGGAACAUCGAGGAGAUCUACCGCUGCCAGAAGGCAUUUGUGAAGGCCCUGGAGCGGAGGUUCAACAGGGAGCGCCCGCACCUCAGCGAGCUGGGGGCCUGCUUCCUGGAACAUCAAGCAGACUUCCAGAUCUACUCGGAGUACUGCAACAACCACCCAAAUGCCUGCAUGGAGCUUUCCCGACUCACCAAGCUCAGCAAGUAUGUAUACUUCUUUGAGGCCUGCCGACUACUGCAAAAGAUGAUUGACAUCUCCCUCGAUGGCUUCUUGCUGACCCCAGUGCAGAAGAUCUGCAAGUACCCCUUGCAAUUGGCCGAGCUGCUCAAGUACACACAUCCCCAGCACAGGGAUUUCAAGGAUGUUGAAGCUGCCUUGCAUGCUAUGAAGAACGUGGCCCAGCUCAUCAAUGAACGGAAACGGAGACUUGAAAACAUUGACAAGAUUGCUCAAUGGCAGAGCUCCAUAGAGGACUGGGAGGGGGAAGAUCUCUUGGUCAGGAGCUCAGAACUCAUCUACUCGGGGGAGCUAACUCGUGUCACACAGCCUCAAGCUAAGAACCAGCAGAGAAUGUUCUUUCUUUUUGACCACCAGCUCAUCUACUGUAAGAAGGACCUGCUUCGCCGGGAUGUGCUGUAUUACAAGGGCCGGCUGGACAUGGACAGUCUGGAGGUGGUGGAUGUGGAGGAUGGGAAAGAUCGAGAACUUCAUGUGAGUGUCAAGAAUGCCUUCCGGCUAUGCUGUGGCACCUCAGGGGACAGCUACCUACUGUGUGCCAGGAAGCCUGAGCAGAAGCAGCGCUGGCUCAAAGCCUUUGCCCGGGAGAGGGAGCAGGUGCAGCUCGACCAAGAGACAGGCUUCUCCAUCACAGAAAUGCAGAGGAAGCAGGCCAUGCUGAACGCCAGCAAGCAGCAGGCCCUGGGGAAGCCCAAAGCUGUUGGUAGGCCCUGCUACCUGACACGCCAGAAGCACCCCACACUGCCCACCAGCCGGCCCCAGCAGCAGGCCUUGGUGCUGGCAGAGCCCAGGAGGAAGCCAUCUACCUUCUGGCACAGCAUCAGCCGGCUGGCACCCUUCCGAAAGUGAGCCCAACAGUCUCCUGACAACACUUUGUGGACCUGCUGGCCCACAGCCCUCAGCUUUCUCCCCAGGCUCACUCCAACUGACCUUCCUCUGCCUAUUUUGCAAGGUACAAGUAAACAGGGCUGUAAUUGGGAGUUGUUCAUUGACACCAGGGCAUACAGGUCCGCACUACCUUCCUUGGUUCCUCACUGCUAGUGCAGUAAGUCCAGCUAGAAGAGGCAAAGCCCUGCACGCGCAUGUGCACCUCUCCUGCAGCCUGCACUUGCCCCUCUUCCUGCACUCUGGACCUUCAUGGGGCCUCCAUUAACCAUGAGGCUGGGAGCCACAACACAGAACCACCAUCCAGGCUGACAACACAGAAGGCUCUGUCUGCCCUGGGACUCUGGAAAUCUAAUCAUCCCCACUCCUAUUUUCUUUGGGCAGGAGAGACCUACUCUAUGGCCAUCAGCUACCUGCAAAAGCCAGGCUAUGUGCCCUCUGCUGUCCAUUCAGGCCACUGGCCCUGGUGGUGGUACAGGGCCACUAAACCUCAGAAGACAGGAACCAAGAUUCUGUGCCCAAACAUCUAGCCCAGAGCUGACCUUUUGCUUCCCAGCCCCUUUAGACACUGUUGGCUGCUGGAAACCCUUUCACUUGUGAUGUGUGUAGUGGGAAAUACAAAAAACUAGUCAGCCACAUACUCUGGUCCAGGCUUGUGACUAGUCCACUGUAGCUGGGGCUUGGCUGCAGAACUACCUGGUUCCUGUUGUUUGGAUUUUGUCAUCUUGUUUUUUUCUAACAAUGGCGAGAAGUAAUUGUUAGUGACACAGAAAGAUUGCCUUACCCUACUGAGCGUGAGAAGCCAUAAGGACUGAAUUCUGUGGUGCAGCAUCCAGGACUGACGCCCCUACUCCAGGAAUAGGCUGAGACCUGCAUUCUACCUGAGGAGCGGGCACCACAGCCCAGGCCUGUGUGUCAGUGCAGAGCCCACAGGAUUUAGCAGCAUGGACAGUCACUCUUGUACUCUACCUUCUCCAAGCCAGAAACCACAUUUAAUUUCAUAAAGAAAUUUGCAAAAACCUA